AUGUUUUCUUGGUUAGCAAGGUUAGUUUCCGCGUGCUUGAGACCAGUGAGACGGUAUGCACGUAUGAACAAAGAUGUUGAUAAUGAUUCUGAUGGGGCUUCAACAACUGGUGAUGCCCUUGUUUGGUGUAAGGAUCUUGAGAAACACUCGUGUGGUGAAUUCUCGUUUGCUGUUGUUCAGGCUAAUGAGGUUAUUGAAGAUCAUAGCCAAGUUGAAACUGGUUCUGAUGCUGUUUUUGUUGGUGUUUAUGAUGGACACGGUGGUGCUGAUGCUUCUCGGUUUGUCAAUGAUCAUCUCUUUCAUCAUCUCAUCAGGAUUGCUCAAGAAAACUGUUCUAUCUCCGAAAAUAUUAUAAGGAAUGCUGUUUCUGCUACGGAGGACGGAUUUCUAACCCUUGUUCGGAGGAGUUUUGGAAUAAAGCCACUGAUAGCAUCAAUGGGUUCAUGUUGUCUUGUUGGUCUUAUCUGGAAAGGGACAUUAUAUAUAGCUAAUCUUGGAGAUUCUCGUGCUGUGAUCGGUUCAAUGGGUGGAGAUUCUAAGAAGAUUGUUGCUGAACAGUUGACCAAAGAGCAUAAUGCCUCCAAAGAAGAAAUCAGAAGAGAACUCAGAGAUUUGCAUCCUGGAGAUUCGCAGAUUGUUAUUAUGAAGCAUGGAACAUGGCGUGUUAAAGGCAUCAUCCAGGUAUCAAGAUCUAUAGGUGAUGCAUAUUUGAAGCGGCCGGAGUUCUCCUUGGAUCCUUCAUUCCCACGGUUCCACUUGCCUGAUCCUAUCCGCCAACCGGUUCUUUCAGCAGAGCCAUCUAUUUCUUCACGAGUUUUACAACCGAACGAUAAAUUUGUUAUAUUUGCAUCUGAUGGCCUUUGGGAACACAUGACAAAUCAGGAAGCUGCUGAGAUUGUUCAUAAAAACCCUAGAAAUGGGAGUGCAAGAAGACUUCUUCAGGCUGCAUUGACUGAGGCGGCGAGGAAAAGGGAAAUGAGAUAUAAAGAUAUGCAGAAAGUUGAAAAAGGGAUUCGGCGCUUUUUCCACGACGACAUCACAGUGAUUGUGAUCUUCAUCGACCAUGAGUUGCAAAAGAAGAAUGCUGAUGUUCCAGACUUGUCCAUCAAAGGGUUUAUCGACACAGUUGGAACAUCGAAAUUUAGAAGUUUCCAAGAAAUGCAAUGA